AUGAAAUCCAAGUUUCUUUCGUCUCUUUUCCUUCAAACAGACGAUAUCAUCAGAUUCAGGUUUUUGACGAAGGUGAUGGUGCCGUGUGGUGAGGAGGAGGAGGAGGAGGAGGAGGAGGAGGAGGAGGAGGAGGAGGAGAUGAAGUUGAAGUCCGGUGGUCAGACCAGUCUAGUUCCUGUUUCUUUGGUUUAUCCAGAAGAUCUUUUGUCUCUUUGCACAUUUUAAAAUUGAGUUAAAAUUGUCGGACUUUUGCGUUUAUCGUCUGAAAAUGACGAACGUCUCAAUCCGCCUCAUGAUUCUGGAGUCAAAGAGUCAAAUCGAGCGAACUGGAGCUCAGUGUGAAUCUUUCUCUCCACAAAUGAAACCAAACGUGAAAGAUGAGGUUUUUUUUCCUCCUUCUGAGACUCUCGGCGUGACAUCUAAUCUGCGUCUGUUUUUUUUUCAUUAAAUUCAUGUCAGGACUCAUUUCCAGAGCGGAUGAAUACAGAUGUCAGGACGCCAUCGAGGGGCGUUUAAUAAGAUAACAGGCUUUAGUUCAGGAAUUAACGUUAUUGAAGAAGAAAAAAACUCUAGGAGAUUAUUUGGACGACCGAGGAGACCGCCGUCCUCGUAUCAGACCUGCGCCGCCAAAUCACAAAUCUAUUUCUGACAGAGGUAUUAAUUAUCAGAGUAAAGCUGCUGUUACAUAUUGAUUCAUCAGGGUUCACGCUCGUAUUAUCUCCUAUUAAGACGGAGAAAAAGAGAUUAUCUGAAGCCUUCGGGGGUUUUUUAAGGAUCCUCAGAGACUCUCGACCUGCGUGUUUGUCUUUCUUCUUCUUCAACGCGCUUUAAGCUUUAAAUUUGAUUAUUUGGAGGAACAUUUUUCAAUUAGACCGACGUUCAUGAAUUUAUUUCCACUUACAGAAAUGUGUCUGAUCGGAUAUUUGGGUCACAGACGCAGACGGCGGUUUGUAGAGCUCAGUGAGGCGGAUCCUGACGGAGAUGUGAGCGCCGGAGGAUCGACCAGGUCAGUCAGCUGACCGGUCCAGUGUUGGAGGGACGAUCCUCCGGGUUUUAAUCAGCUGAUAUAAACAUUCGGACCUUCUCUCUAGUUCAUCAGACGAGUUUCUGUAGAACUGCAGAUCCAGUAUGGACUGUCAGAACCACCACACUGUGGUGGGACUAAAGUCUGAAACCCACAGGACCCGGAACGGUUCCGCUCCAGUCCGCUCCACUCAGGUCCACUCAGGUCCACUCCGGUCCGCUCAGGUCCACUCCAGUCCACUCCGGUCCGCUCAGGUCCACUCCAGUCCACUCCGGUCCGCUCAGGUCCACUCCAGUCCACUCCGGUCCGCUCAGGUCCACUCCAGUCCGGUCCACUCCAGUCCGCUCAGGUCCACUCCAGUCCGCUCUGGUCCACUCCAGUCCGCUCAGGUCCACUCCGGUACGGCAGACGGAUCAAAUACGUAAUCAUUAUAAUCAAUGAGUGUGAUUCCACGGACUCUACCCGCCGGAUCAGAAACACAAGAGUUCUGUUUUUGCCGGACGCCGCAGCAGCGCAUCAAUUCAGCGCAGCACAGGAAGUCAGACUUCAGAGUAAAAUAUCCCUUUGAUUUCAAAAUAAAGUCGAUACGUUAAACUGUUCGUAAAAAUAGGGGAGGCCGGGGUUGUGGGUCUCUGAUGUCUCUCGAGGAAACACGAAAGAUCUCGUCUAGUCUCACGGGAAAUAUCGGUAAUCUCACAAGCGCUUCUCCUCCGAUGGCGGAGGCGGAUCAGAUCAGAUGUACGCUUGCGUAUUUGAUCCGCCUGCCGGUCCGGAGCGGAGCGGAGCGGAGCUGGACUGGAUCCAGUGGGAUUCACCCGUAAGUCGUUUCUCAGCGACCCGGAGUCCAGACAGUCGCCACCAUCAGGGAGUGUCCGACAGCACGUCUGAAGGCCUUACGACCGCCAUCGCCGUCGUUCUAAAUAUCCUCGUGUUUUUAUGAUCAUGUGAUUUAAGGUCAAGUCUGGGCAGGAGGAUCAGGGUCAGGGAGGGUGGAGGAGGAGCGGAUCCUGCUGGUGUCGGUGAGCCCGACCUCCACCUGAGCGUUUCUUUGACUCUGCAG